UACCAUAAUAAAAUACUCAUUGACAACAGCUUGAAAAUUUUUUGCACAAAUACAUAACCUUUAUUGUAAUUUGUAAUGCCUUUCCCGGUUGAAACACUAUCAAUUUUAUCAUCAUAAAAUUGAAAAAUUUCUGUCGAGUUCCAACUGGUAAAAAUGUUAUCGCGCUCAGUUAUAUUCUCCAGAACUCUGCUAUCCAACACAAAGAAUUAUCAUGCAGAGUUAAUACACCAAAAUAUAUUCAAGAGAUUUCGAUCCUCAACUCCUAUAAAUACUGUUGUAAUGUUUGUGCCGCAACAAGAAGCAUGGGUUGUAGAAAGAAUGGGAAAGUUCUAUAGGUUACUAGAGCCAGGAUUAAAUAUUUUAAUCCCAAUUGUAGAUAAAGUAAAAUAUGUUCAAAGUUUAAAAGAAAUUGCUGUGGAUAUCCCUAAGCAAAGUGCUAUUACAGCUGACAAUGUUAAUUUGAACAUUGACGGUGUUUUAUAUCUACGAAUAAUAGAUCCAUAUUUAACUAGUUAUGGUGUUGAAGAUCCAGAGUUCGCCAUUACUCAACUAGCACAAACUACCAUGAGAUCUGAACUUGGAAAAAUUUCUUUAGAUAAAGUUUUUAGAGAAAGAGAAAAUCUCAAUGUAUCCAUUGUAGAUUCAAUAAAUAAAGCUAGUGAAGCUUGGGGAAUGCAAUGUUUGAGAUAUGAAAUAAGAGAUAUUAAAUUACCACAAAGAGUCCAAGAGGCAAUGCAGAUGCAAGUGGAAGCAGAAAGAAAAAAAAGAGCUGCUAUUUUAGAAUCUGAAGGUAUACGAGAAGCAGAUAUAAAUGUUGCAGAAGGUAAAAGAAGAGCAAGAAUUUUAGCUUCUGAAGCUGAAAGGCAGGAACAAAUCAAUAAAGCUUUGGGAGAAGCAUCAGCUAUACAAGCUGUGGCUGAAGCAAGAGCUACAGCCCUUAAAGUUGUUGCUAAAGCAUUAGAGGAAGACUUAGGACCAAAUGCUGCAUCAUUAACAAUAGCCGAGCAGUAUGUAGCAGCAUUCAAUAAGUUAGCAAAAUCAUCAAACACAUUAAUUCUUCCAUCUAAUGUGGGAGAUGUCCCUACUUUAGUAACUCAAGCUUUGACUACAUAUUCAACGAUUUGUAAAACUCAAGCUUCUACUAAUUCUGUUGAAAAGAAGAUUGAAAAAUCAGUUUCAAGGAAUGAUAUGCUACCUGAAUAUUUCAGUGAUGAAGAAGAGGCUAAAGUGAUAGAUUCUAUUCAAACCAUAAAAAAAUAAUUUGUAUGGCUUAUUUUUUCAUAUAAAUUGUUAUAUAUAUAUAUAUCAAGAAUAAACCAAUUAUUCAAAAAGUA